UGGUGGACGCGAUAUGUCAGAAGCUGAACGAUGACAACAUGAGCGUGUGCCACGUGCCCUGCCUCGAGGCUCUGCGCAUCGUCAGCCGUGACCGCUCGCACCUGGACGUGAUCACGGGCCGCGAGGUGCUGCGCACGAUGCAGUGGCAUGCCAACCUCUACGUCGACCUGCAGGACGAGGUCAGCCAGAUACGCAAGGAGUACGUAGACAGAGUAAAUAACAACAGCACAGUGGUGAUAGAAGCGCAAAAGUGCCUGUGCAACCUUAUUUUCAACAGCUCAUCGGCACAGAGGUCAUGUAGUUAUAGUGGAUGCAUAGAGGGCAUCGUACAGAGGUUGAAAACAUAUCGCGACCCGGGGCUACCGCACGAGAUCAAAUACUUCGACAUGCGCAUGCUCUUCUUGCUGACAGCUCUCGUCGCCGACAUACGGCCACGGCUCAGACAGGAGCUGCAUGGCCUCACCUACCUGAUGGAGGCCCUCGACCUGAUCAUCAAGACAAGCAAGAACCACGAGAGCCGAGACAACCGCGUCGAGGACACGGACGUGCCGCUCACUGGGAACGAGGUUGACCUCGCCUGCGAGAUCCUGAAGGUGCUCUUCAAUCUCACCGUACACGUCGACAAGACGAAUCUGGACGAGGAAGAGGAAGCUCACUUUAUGCGCAUGGUCAGCAUCCUCCACGACCUCCUCAUCUGCCAGACAGAGUCAAAGGAGAAGCGAGAGGAGCUAGUCAGGUGA